AUGGAAGUUGGAUAUUAUUUCGAUUCCGAAGUUCUUCAAGAUUUUGAAAAAGCUCUUGAGGAUAGUGACGACUACAAUGUAAUCAUCAAGGCUGGAGAAUACCCUGAUGUCAAGGAACUUCGAGCGCAUUCAUUUGUUCUUCGGGCUAGGUAUUUAUACACGGGAACUGUAGAUUAUGAUCAACUCCAUGAGGAUGUAAUUUUGCAAUUAUCAGUUGCGGCAGAUGAAUUAGGAUUAAUUAAGUUGAUUGAUAACAUUCAGGAAUAUUUGAUUGAAAAUCAAGAAUUCUUACGUAAGGAUCCUGUUGGCACACUCGAAUUCGUUUAUCAACAUGAAACAUUAAAAACCCAAAAAGAUUGUUGCCUUAAAAUCAUUAGUUCAGAUCCUAAAAUUCUCUUUGCAUCUCAAAAAUUUUCGUCUUUGGAAAAACCAAUUAUUACCAUGGUACUUCAAAGAGAUGACCUUAAAAUGGAAGAAAUUGAAAUAUGGGAAGCGGUCCUUAGGUGGCUUUUUGUUCAUUACUUAAAAAUCGGUAAAGACGAAUCAUCGUGGUCAUCGGAUGAUUUAACGAACGUUAAACAGACUAUACAAGAAUACAUUCCGUUCAUCAGGUUCCAUGAUAUUUCCAAGGAAGACUUUUACUUAAAAGUGUAUCCGUACAAAGAUCUUUUACCUCAAGAUUUGCUCAGCGACAUCCUUCGUUAUCAUUUGGCCCCAAAUUCUACUCCUGCGUUUAGUUUCAAGGCUUCUAGGAAUCCCAGGAAAUGGAAUGCUAAUCGUAUCGAACUUCAAAGAAGAGACUCCUUGGAAGAUACUAUUAGUGAGACGGAAGAGCUAUAUUUUCUUCAAUUGUUGCUUCCCCGAUGGUAUUUUAAUGAAGAAUUGUAA